GGUCAUGGAACCCCGACCGCUGCUCCUGCUGCUCUCGGGGGCCCUGGCGCUGACCGAGACCUGGGCCGGCCCCCACACCCUGAGAAUUCUCAGCACCCUCUUGUCCGGACCGGGCCGAGGGAAGAACCGGUACAUCAGCAUCGGCUUCGUGGACGACACAGAGGCUGGGCUGCUCGACAGCGGCGCCCCGAGCCGGAGGCUGGAGCCGCGGGUGCCGUGGCUGGAGAAGCAGCGGGUGGAGCGGGAGGACCCACAUUUGUGGGACAGGCAGUCGUUUAUCUCCAGGCAGAGCGAACAGAUUUUACGAGCGGCCCUGAACCACCUGCGCGCCCACUACAAGGAGAGCGAGGACGUGCCGCACACCCACCAGGACAUGACUGGCUGCGUCGUGGGGUCGGACGGGCGAUUGCUCCGCCGAUACAGUCACCUCGCCUACGACAGCACCGAAUACGUCGCCCUGAACGAUGACCUGCGCUCCUGGACCGUGACCAACACGAAGGCCGAGAUCACUUGGCGCAAUUUGAUACCAAACCUUGAUGCUGACCUCUGGAGGGAAAUCCUGGAGGACCAGUGCAGGCGCUGGCUCCACAUCAUCCUGAAGAUGGGGAAGGAGACGCUGCUCCGAGCAGACCCUCCUAAGACGCAAGUGACCCACCACCCCACCUCUGACCAUGAGGUCACCCUGAGGUGCUGGGCCCUGGGCUUCUACCCCGCGGACAUCACCCUGACCUGGCAGCGUGACGGGGAGGACCUGACCCAGGACAUGGAGCUUGUGGACACCAGGCCUGCGGGGGACGGAACCUUCCAGAAGUGGGCGGCCGUGGCCGUGCCCCCUGGACAGGAGCAGAGCUACACGUGCCGUGUGGAGCACGCGGGGCUGCCCGAGCCCCUGACCCUGCGAUGGGAGCCCCCUCCUCGGAAGAGCGGCACCACCGUGGGCAUCGCUGCGGCCCUGGGUCUCCUUGUUGCUGCAGUCGCUGGAGCUGCGGUCGCUGCGGCUGUGACGUGGAGGAGGAAGCGCUCAGUGUGACAGAGCUGCCUUGUGGGAGUCUUGGUGCUACAAUAUUCAUUCAAGCUUCUCCUGUGGGACUUUAGGAUCCCUG